GAACCGUUACUUAGGGCCACAGAAUUGUUACUCAGGGACACAGAAUUGUUACUCAGGGACACAGAAUUGUUACUGAGGGCCACAGAACCGUUACUUAGGGCCACAGAAUUGUUACUCAGGGACACAGAAUUGUUACUGAGGGCCACAGAACCGUUACUUAGGGCCACAGAAUUGUUACUCAGGGACACAGAAUUGUUACUGAGGGCCACAGAACCGUUACUUAGGGCCACAGAAUUGUUACUCAGGGACAGACACAGAAUUGUUACUGAGGGACACAGAAUUGUUACUGAGGGCCACAGAAACGUUAAUCAGGGACACAGAAUUGUUACUGAGGGCCACAGAACCGUUACUUAGGGCCACAGAAUUGUUACUCAGGGACAGACACAGAAUUGUUACUGAGGGCCACAGAAUUGUUACUCAGGGACACAGAAUUGUUACUGAGG